UUCUCGCGCGACCUCACCGCGGUGUUCUCGUUCGCCCCGCGACUGGAAUCGUCCACGACGGCUCGCAGUAGGGGGCGAGCCGCGACGUUUGUGUCGCACGUCAAAGGUGAACUUGUGUUUUUUUAAUGUGGAGGACGAGCAGCGUUCAUUUCCACGGACUCGCGUGAAGGUUGCAAGCAGCGAAGCGGCACGUUUGUGAGCCCCCGGGGUCGACUUUCUUCCAUUCUUUGUAUUAAUACGCAAGCACCCGAGCAAGAAGUUCUCUCGAGAUGGCAUCUUUGACCAAAGCCGCGCCGGAGCUCCGCGGGGUUCGUCCGUAGAUCGCGUGUCCCAUUUACCGUUUCCGAAGGGGUGGAAGAUUUCCAGGAAAUUUCUGGAAAGUGUCCUUUUCCAACUGGCCGGAAUUUGGCCACCCUUGUGAUAACCCCCCCCCCCCACCCCCACCCCUCCGAGCGCCCACGCUGCCCCCUCGCCCGCCCUGCGAGUGCAAACCCCGCCAUGGGCGAAGAGAGCAACCCGGCCCGACAGCUGGAGAGCACGGAGAGGAGCGUGGCGUUCCUCAGGGAAGAGCACCUGACCUUGCUCCGCGGGCUCCACCUGGAGAUCCUUUCCCUGCAGAGACGAUGCUCGGAUUUGACAAACGAACUGAAGUCGAAACCUCCGGGUCGCAGCCAACUAGAAAUGGAAGAGGAGGAGGAGCUGCUGGAGGUCCGCUGCAGGUAUGUCGAAGACCGGCUGCGCGAGCGGGAGCGCGCCAUCGGGGAAAUCCGCAAGGAGCUGAGCCACAAGGGGGCGCUGGUGGGAGCCCUUCGAGCCAACCUGAAGGAAAAAGAGCGCCACUUCCUGGAGGAGCUCAAACGCCGCAGCCACUGCUCCACCGUCUUGAACGCGGAGCUGCAGAAGCAAACGGAGGCGGCGGCGUGCCUCUCCUUCCAGCUGCACGCCGCCAAGCAGAAGCUGCAUCGCCAGCGGCUGCAGCAGAGGCAGGCGCUCCUGGCGAGAGUUUCCGGUCAGGCGACCCAGUACGGCGACGGCGACGGCGGCGGCGGCGGCGGCGACGGCGUCCCUCCCCGGCAGCCGUCCGGCUCCCCCCCUGCGGUCAAACCCAAGCGCAAGAACACGAGAGCCUCCUCCAGAACGGAGCGCGCCCGGGAGUGUGUCCCCAGGGAGAAGGUGAGCGGUCCCGCCGAGCCCACCGUCAUGCCGGACCCGGCGCUCUUCCUGCACCCCUGGAGGCUCAGAGUGCGCGCCGGCCAAGCCGGAACGCAGAGACCGACUUCGCUCGGGGCGGAACCAGGGGAUGCGCAGGAAGUGGGCCAGCGAGGCCCGGCGGUGCCUCGGGAAGACGCGGCCAGACUGAUCGCUGCGACUGCAGCGCCCCCUGCUGCCAAGGCGCAGGCAGAUUAGCAAAGAACUGACCUUUGCACUUCUUUUGUUAUUCUGCACCUUGACUGGACCCCAUCGAUCGAUCGGAGGGGUGGGGGCAAAGUAUGGCCCGGGGCCCACAUAUACGCCCAAUUAUGUUUUUUUUUUUUUUUUUUUUAAUUACACCCCACCAAGCAUUUACAUUAGCAAGACUCCUCAUAUUCGUUGCUUAAAUUUAGCUGGUGUCCCCCCCCCCCCCCAAAUUUAAUGAAAAUAUUUCUUCCUUUAUUUUUACUAUCGUUCUUACUUGGUUAUUUUAAUACAAAUGAAAUAUGCAACAUUUUAAUGUUUUUAUUGCACGGUACCGCUUAUCCUCACUAUCCCUAAAGGCGGGAUGCACCCCGGACUGGUCGCCAGCCAACUGUAGGGCAGAUGCGGGACAAACAACCAUUGACACCUGCAGGCAGGUUUUUGGGGUGUGGGGGGAAGCCCGAGUACCCGGAGAAAAGCCGCGCAGGCACAAAGACGACACGCAGACUCCACUGAGGCAAGGCCAGAUCUGAACUCGGGUCCGCAGAACCAUGGGGCAGAUGGGAUACCUAGUUGGCACUGUCAGAUAUUGUCUUCAUGAAAAUGAAUUAUUGUAGUGUAUAUGAAUAUAUCAACAUAUUUAAAAAAAUAUUUUAACUUUAUUACUUUUACCUUGUACAAAUGAACUGAGCCAUGUCACUUUUUAAAAAUGAAACGUUUGCCCAACCCUUUUCACUGAUGUGGACAAAAGUCAGUACGGGCGUCACGUUUGAAUCCCGUGGGGCCUUAUUAGUAAAGCAAUCUUUUUUAUGUAUUUUUGUUCCCGAGGGCACCAGCCAUGUUGAGAAGACGACAAGCUUUUUUUUUUUUGCGAGUGUGGCCGCGACCAACUGUGACCUUUCAAGGUGAACCAUAAAUCAGCCCCACGCUGUGUUUGCGUGACCUCAAAAGCAGAAAGACGCCUCAAACUAUCUGCUAAAAAAGACGUUCAGCUUUGUUUCAUUUCACACACCUGUGCAUUUUAUGGAUUAAGAUUUGGAGGUGGUGUCAAAAAUAUGGAAUUGUACUAUUUGUACUCUCUUAAAAAAAAAAAUAAUAACACAUGAACACCAAACAGUCUACUCUUUGAUGACGGAAUUAAACUCACGUUUUUUUGCUUGUUACCUUCUGAUAGAUGAAAUGCACAAUUUGCUGGACAGCAAAAUGUUGAAAAAUUGUGACACACUAUGGAUUUUAAUUGAUAUCCCAUCAAACUCUGAAAGUUGAAAUGUUGAUGUAGCUUUCAUUUUUUUUUUUUUAAAGCUAGCAACUUGUCACAUAAACAACUGGAAAUAGAAAUACUGAACCACACAUUUUUGUAAACAAUUCAAAUGUUCCUUGUUAAUUACACGGUUAUAAAGGUUUUUUUUAAACUAUGUGCGCAAUACAUAAAUUGCUUUGUACUGUACAAAACCGCUGCUCAGUUAUUAACCUCCAAUCUCUCUCGCCACACUUGAAUUUUUUGACCCAAACAAAAACACCAGAAUCAAUCGAUGUGCUCGAGGGACUUCCUUUUAUUUGCAUCUCAGGAAAAAAAAAUGGAAUGGACCAACAACAACAUGAUUGCUGAUUAAGAGAGAGAUUUUAUUUUAUGUUUUUUUUUUUUUUUUUCAUGUCAAUGGUGUGGUCGAAACAAUUUCCAAGUGUACAGUAUUAACUGUUCAUGCUGUAACCGUCUCAAUGUGCAGGGAGCUUGUGAAGAGCGUCGUUUCGCAAAGAAUAUUCUUAGGAAAAUGUAAGAAGAAGUCCCUCAGUAUAAGAAGGAGACAAUUGAAUUCACUAAGUAAAGUAUGUAGCUAUAGAUUAUUAGUUUUUCCUCCAAUAUAUUCAGAGCUCCAUUGUGAUGGUUGCUUCAUGUUUUGUUUUCUAUGAAAGAAUAUGUUGUAACUUUGGUGUUAUUUUGAUAUUCAUGCCACUGAAUCCUGCUUUAAAAUAUUGUAGUUUUGAUGAGGCGAGGCAUAUCCUGACUGCGACAUCCAACUAAAAUGAUUCUGUUUGAUCUUAAAUCAAGCAAUAUAAUCCUACAAUUUAUAUCCACUAUCCUGUAAUCGUGGGGUUGUGACAGCUGACUAGAAAUGUUUAUAUUUUAUUACCGUCGUCCAUUGUUUAAUGCCUCAUUGUUUGGCUUUUCUCUUCAACUGCUAAGUACAAGUAUUUCAUGACAUUUUGUUUGUAUUCUGCACGCGUGGCAACGCCAAAGACGGGCGUGCAGUUUUUCCAAAUAUGUCUGUCAGGAUAGAACGCCAGCUAGAAUCUUUGUCCCACAUAGUUAGCCAUUAUCGCAUAACUACAGUAUGUGCACUAUUCCAGUAGAGGAGAGGGGUGGGGUGGGAUGGGGGGUAAUCUUUUUUUUUUUUCUUACAAAUUCCUGAUAGGAUUGUGCUUAAUAGCAGGAAUUCUGAAUUCAGACUGUUAACCUCGCAGUAUUUUGAAAAAUGAAAAGAUCAGGCAGCUGAAAGUGUUUCUCCACCCGGCCGGUCGCCCCCAUUCGGGCCUGCCGCGUAUUCGGCUUUCAAACGGACUCGUUUUGCAAGUGCGCUUCAGCGUGGUGCCAAAGAGAGCUCAGCGCACAAAGUGAGUGGCCUUACGAAUGAACCCUUUCCAUUAUUUGCCGUUCCGAGUCCGUAAUCGUCGGUCCGCCGCGAUAUAUCCUCGCAUCCCCUCGGCCGGAGAAAAUGUCUUCCAUCUUUUUUUUUUUUAUUAUCGCGUUUGGAGCGAGGACAAUUUCAGACAACUUUUAGCCGCACCGUUAAAAGUGUCAUUUAAUGUACGCUUGCCAUCAUCAACCGGGCGGGAAAAGUUACUUCGGAUAUGACGACUGCAUAAACUCUGUAAACAUGAUUUGAAUUAAAAAAAAAAAAAAAAAUUAUACCUCUCACUCUAUGUGUCUGCUUGUUUUGAGUGCUUGAUGGAUCCAAUGAGAUCCAAUAAAAGUUCUGUACGACAAUGGAAUUAGGCUGACCUGCCACAAAUGUGCACAUUUUUAAUAAUUCCAUUUAUGUGGAACUUUGUUUUGUACAGCUACAAUCUUAAGAGUUCCUCUGUUCUUUAAUGAGCUGAUGGAAUAAUAAAGGUGUAAUGUACCCUUGACGUGUCUACUGCAUUAUGCAUGCAUGCAAGUGUAUUUGAUACGCGUUAUUGUUUGAUUCCACUGUGAGGUUGUCAAGAGGUGAUGAUAUGAAGGUCAAAGUUCAUCUCUUGAUUGAGUGCCAUGGUCUUUACACUCUUGCUGUGCUGUGAAGUCCACUAAUGUUUCCCAAAUAAUUUCAAUGAAUAGGUCCCGAAAUUUCUAUUGUAUGAUUUAUGAUGAUUCAACUGAAGAAGUCGGGAUGCCACACUGAGCACUGCAUAUGGAAAUC